GCACAGACGCCCGACGCGCGGCCCGCCUGCCAUGGGCGCGCAGUGACGGGCGGCUCAGCGCGGACUUCCCCGGCGGCGCGGCGCGCGCGGAGCUCCCUGGCUGGUGUGCGUCUCCUCGGUCACCAUGAAAGACGACUUUGCAGAGGAGGAGGAGGUGCAGUCCUUCGGUUACAAGAGGUUUGGUAUUCAGGAAGGAACACAAUGUACCAAAUGUAAGAAUAACUGGGCACUGAAGUUUUCUAUCAUAUUAUUAUACGUUUUGUGUGCCUUGCUAACAAUCACAGUAGCCAUUUUGGGAUACAAAGUUGUAGAGAAAAUGGACAAUGUCACAGGUGGCAUGGAGACAUCUCGCCAAACCUAUGAUGAUAAACUCACAGCAGUGGAAAGUGACCUGAAAAAAUUAGGGGACCAAACUGGGAAGAAAGCUAUAAGCACCAACUCAGAACUCUCCUCCUUCAGAUCAGACAUUCUGGAUCUUCGUCAACAACUUCGUGAGAUUACAGAAAAAACCACCAAGAACAAAGAUACGCUGGAGAAGUUACAGGCAAGUGGGGAUGCACUGGUGGACAGGCAGAGUCAACUGAAAGAAACUUUGGAGAAUAACUCUUUCCUCAUCACCACUGUAAACAAAACCCUCCAGGCAUAUAAUGGCUAUGUCACUAAUCUGCAGCAAGACACCAGUGUGCUCCAGGGCAAUCUGCAGAACCAAAUGUAUUCUCAUAACGUAGUCAUUAUGAACCUCAACAACCUGAACCUGACCCAGGUGCAGCAGAGGAACCUGAUUACUAACCUGCAGCGGUCUGUGGAUGACACAAGUCAGGCAAUCCAGCGAAUCAAGAACGAUUUCCAAAACUUGCAGCAGGUUUUCCUUCAAGCUAAGAAGGACACUGAUUGGCUCAAGGAGAAAGUGCAGAGCUUGCAGACACUGGCUGCCAACAACUCUGCCUUGGCCAAAGCCAACAAUGACACCCUGGAGGAUAUGAACAGCCAGCUCAACUCAUUCACAGGUCAGAUGGACAACAUCACUGGCAUCUCACAAGCCAACGAGCAGAACCUGAAAGACCUGCAGGACUUGCACAAGGAUGCAGAGAAUAGAACAGCCAUCAAGUUCAGUCAACUGGAGGAACGCUUCCAGCUCUUUGAGACAGAUAUUGUGAACAUUAUUAGCAACAUCAGUUACACAGCUCACCACCUGCGGAUGCUGACCAGCAAUCUGAAUGAAGUCAGGACCACUUGCACGGAUACCCUAACCAAACACACGGAUGAACUGACCUCCUUGAAUAAUACACUGGCCAACAUACGUUUGGAUUCUGUUUCUCUCAGGAUACAACAAGAUAUGAUGAGGUCGCGAUUAGAUACUGAAGUGGCCAACUUAUCAGUGAUUAUGGAAGAAAUGAAGCUAGUGGACUCCAAGCAUGGUCAGCUCAUCAAGAAUUUUACGAUACUACAAGGUCCACCUGGCCCCAGGGGUCCGAAAGGUGACAGAGGAUCCCAGGGACCCCCUGGCCCGACUGGGAACAAAGGACAGAAAGGAGAGAAGGGGGAGCCUGGCCCUCCAGGCCCGGCUGGCGAGAGGGGCCCAAUUGGCCCAGUUGGCCCCCCGGGAGAGCGCGGUGGGAAAGGCUCCAAAGGCUCACAAGGCUCCAAAGGCUCCCGCGGAUCCCCCGGGAAACCUGGCCCUCAGGGCCCCAGUGGGGACCCAGGACCCCCAGGCCCCGCUGGCAAAGAUGGACUCCCCGGCCCCCAGGGUCCCCCUGGCUUCCAGGGCCUGCAGGGCACUGUGGGGGAGCCUGGUGUGCCUGGGCCCCGGGGGCUGCCGGGCCUUCCUGGGGUGCCAGGCAUGCCCGGCCCCAAGGGCCCCCCUGGUCCCCCAGGCCCAGCUGGGGCCGUGGUGCCCCUGGCUCUGCAGAGCGAGCCCACCACAGUGCCAGAAGCCAACGGCUGUCCCCCUCACUGGAAGAACUUCACAGACAAAUGCUACUAUUUUUCGGUUGAGAAAGAAGUUUUUGAUGAUGCAAAACUCUUCUGUGAGGACAAGUCUUCACAUCUCGUUUUCAUAAACACAAAAGAAGAACAGCAAUGGAUCAAAAAGCAGAUCAUGGGGAGGGAUAGUCACUGGAUUGGCCUCACAGACUCGGAGCGUGAAAAUGAGUGGAAGUGGCUGGAUGGGACGUAUCCUGAGUAUAAAAAUUGGAAAACUGGACAGCCAGAUAACUGGGGUCAUGGCCAUGGACCGGGAGAAGACUGUGCUGGGUUGAUUUAUGCUGGGCAGUGGAACGAUUUCCAGUGUGAAGACAUCAAUAACUUCAUUUGCGAAAAAGACAGAGAGUCAGCACUAUCAUCUGCAUUAUAAGGGACUGAUGUAAUAACACAAGCAAAAUUCCAGACGGCUCCCAAAGGCAAAGGAUACUCAUUUCUGGUUGCAUCACUUCUCACAAAUUGGGAAAAAAAGCACUGAAAACCUGUUGCUGAAAAAAUUGACAGCCAGUGUUUAUUACCAUCCACCAUGACCCCAAGGACUUGGGAACUAAAAUGUUCCUCCAGUGUGGUAUCUGGAUUUUCAGUGGGCACGUGUACUGAAUCACACAGAUUUUUCUCAGCCAGUCACCAUACAAUUAUGCAAAUUAUGUCUUCCAAAGGUGGAAUGCUCCAAUCUGAAAAAACUAUCAUUGAUUGUGGAGCUAUAGGAAGAAUUUACACAUAUACUGUGUAUAAACAGUACCUUACAUUUUUUAAAAAUCCCAACUGUAGGAAAAUUAUACAGGCAUACAGAUAUAUAGGCCAAAUCAUAGUAAUAAUAAGAAAUAUACUAAAAGAGCUUUUAAAACUUUGUAUUUUUGUACAAAAUAUUUGUCUUUUAUAAUUUUUUCUUUCUUUUUUUUUUUUCUUUUUUGACAUUUUACCGAUAUAAUACACGGAGCCAAAGAAAACAAUAAUGGUACUAAUUAAACCUCAUCGGGGUUCUUGUCAAAUUUCCUUCUACCCAGUGGCAAAGAAUGUUUUUCAGUUGUGGUUUAAAAAAAUAAUUAAAUGUGUGUGUGUGUAUAUAUAUAUAUAUUUUUUUUUAAUGUAUCAUUUCCUCAGAAGAAUCAAUCACUUGAAAUGUCUAGAAAUAUCGCUGCAGAUUUGGCCUUGUGGAUCAAGCCCAAGCACAUCCAGGGCUUGGUCAAGUGGCCUGUGGGAUUAGCCCAUCUCCAGCAAGUGCUCCUGAGAUGUGCCUGGCCAGGCCUGGAGGAAGGGGUCAAGCCGGGGAUGUGGUAUUCCUCCCUUUUGGUGGAGUCAGGGGUGGUGGAGAGGCAUCUGUUGGGAAGGAUGGAGGACCUGGAUCUGGCAAUCCAUAAGGCCCUGUUUCAUGGCUGCGGCAUAAAUAUACUCAGUAUCAGACCCAUCCCUGAGCUGAUGGUAACUGUCAGGAAAGCGCGAUGUCACAUCAAGCCAAAUGCAGAGGCAUUGGAAAGAUGGGAACCAGCUAUAUGCUACCUGGAAAGUUUGUAUUUUCUUAAGUCUGGUUCCAAAAACAUAAUUCCAAGGCGUGUGCAUUAUAAAAUGCAAGAAUAAACUUUUGGCCGCUAUUUUGAACUCUUGCAAAGAACCUUUCCUCUGAGUCCAUCUUCCUUCCACUCCUUGAGUUGCCAUUGAAAAGCCCCAAGUGAAAUAUGCUGAAGGUAGGCAUUAGAUACAACUUGAUGCUUAAAGGUAAGAUUUCCUUCCAACAGAUUUCCUCUCCUCCCCUCCCAAGGAGUCCCCAGGCACUGCUGCUACCAAUCUCAAAUAAAAUGGUAAAAGAAUAAAGAAAGAGUUUGACUUUCA